CCCAAGACCUGGCAUCAAAUGUCAACAGAAUUUAAAACAAAAGAGUAUUCAUUGCGCAAUGUCACCUUCAGUCGCAAGGAAAACUGUUAGAUCGGCCAAGAUAGAUUUGUAUAAAUAGCACUUUAGCAACGAUCAGAUCAGAGCAUUAUCAUCAUUGUUGGUUCGACUUGGUCUCGUAAAGAACGACUGUCUUCCACACUUGAAGCUUCAUUCGAAUAUCUUUACGGAAUCUUCUUCAAGGAGUCUUGUCCGUUUGAGGAGAAGAUGCAGGGUUUCGUUUGUGUGUUAGUGUGUCUAGCAGCUUUAGCUGCUCAAACUCAAGGGCAGGUUGGACAACCGGGAGGACAACCGGGGAGACAACCGGGGAGACAACCGACUGGACAACCGACUGGACAACCGCGUAUGCAACCGACUGGACAACCACGACAACCUGGAAGACAACCGGGACAACCGGGCGGACAACCGGGAGGGCAACCGGGAGGACAACCGGGGCUUCCCGGUGGACAACCCGGACUACCCGGUGGACAACCAGGAUUUCCGCGUUGGCAACCAGGACAACCGGGUGGACAGCCCGGUGGUCAACCCGGUGGUCAGCCCGGUGGUCAACCCGGUAUCCGCCCAACUGCUAUAUCAUGUCCCGAACUAUGGAUACAACACAAGGGCAGCUGCUAUCGUAUGGAGAGUGGCGCUUCAAGUCAGAUGCGGUUUGGCGCUACAGGACCUACCUUCUAUGGUUACAACGAAGGGCUGACGCAGGCUAGCGCUAAUAGCUACUGUGGAGUGUUACAACCCGGCUCCUCCCUCGUGACCGUCAACACCUUGGAAGAGAACAACUUCCUCUACAAGUGGGUGGUAGGGAUGCUGGGUCACAACGCUAGACCCGUCUGGAUUGGUCUUCAUGUUGGGCCUACUGGACUGAUGCAGUGGUACAGCGGGGAAACGUCUGCGUACACCAACUGGGAAGAGAUCCCUGAGCCGUUCGAUGGAGCUACGAUGUUCGAUGUUCAACCUAAUAACCAAAUGAAUAACCAGGUUGACCUAACAUCCCAGUGGAGCCGAGAGGAUCCUUAUAACGAGCGGAUGUUUAUCUGUGAGCACCGACCGAGGGGGCUGGGGGCUCCAGCACCAACGCAGCCAGGAGCUACCAUGCGACCUUUCAUGCUGAGUAACAAUCGUAAUAGCCUUAUGGGUGUUCUCAGAGGAGGAGCUUUCGGAGGGUCUCGGCUCCAGGAGGUACGACGUGGACGGCCUGCAAGCUUUAGGAUGAACCCAUAUUUCGCUGUGCGACCAUAACUUUCAAACCUAUUCAUUGAACUGUUCAGUCUUAUGCCUCAGUCACACCGCCCAACCGAUUCCACACCGACCCCAAACCAAACCGACUGAUUCUGCGUCGUUCGGUGUAAUGUAAUUGCUCCGUUUGUUGUUGGUCAGCGCCCUGUUGCACAGAACUUACCAUUGAUGGUAACUUUGCCAUCAAUGGAAACUAUUAUGGUAACAGGGCUCAACAGCCAAUCAAAAUCAAGGUUUCCAUGGUAGUUACCACUGAUGGCAAAGUUAUCAUCAAUGGUAAGGUUUGUGCAACAGGGCCCUAAUGUCGGUCCCGUCGGUGUGACUGGAGUAUUGCAAUUUUCAUCCCAAUGUUAAUAGUCGAUGGAAGGCGCAAGAUCGCCAACCAUAUGCCACUUGAAAAACCAUAUACCUUUUGCCUAUGUUAGCUAUAUAUGUUUCCUUCCUGCUGUUGCACAGCAGUUCGUUUAUUAAAGCUCAUAGCCCCAAAAUAGUGAUAGUUGCAUAACCGGAAGUCGUGCAUCACCGAAAUAGUUUCAUCCCAUAUAGAUUGUAAAUUGGACGAAACUAUAGAAUUUUGUACACCUUGAAAUAAUGACCUUUAAAUGAGCCCACACGUGUGCGUCACAAAAUUGAGGUCCAUGGUCACAACUAUAUCUCUUAAUACCCUAUAUUUAAGGCCACCUCUGUGAGUUGGUCUAGCAGAAGACGGUCGGCUAUCUGUUUCUCCUACAAUUUGAAUCUGACUGACCCCUAUUUGAAACUGAGUCAUGUUUUUCGGAUGAUGACGUUAAAGGUCAGUCCCGAGUUCGCGCCUGUCAAGAAAUUUUAUAUUUUCAACGUUCUUGGAUUGUGUACUCGUGUACGCGAUUCUGUUGUACGUAUUGUUUCGUUGUUGCUUUGUAAAUUUUGUUCAAGAAAAGAAAACAAGUAUAUUACAUA